UCAUAAAUGAUUUCGGUAUUAUCUGUCUGAAUUACGUUCAUUAUUUGUCCAAAUUAAGCCAGGCGUUUAUUGUCAAAACAUUUUUCAUGCGACUCCACUUCAUUAGCCAGCCAUAGGAACUGCUGCUGCUCCUCCUCCAAAGUGAGCUCCUUCCACAACUGCGAAUUCCUUGAGCAUCAAAAUCGGGACUUUAACUUAUCCUGCGAAGCCCAGUACAGAAUCGAGCUAAAGCUGAUCUUCCGAGAUAGAUGGGUCAAGGUAAACGGCCUGCGGCCUCCAGUUACAUCUGUUUCCAUGAAUCGCCAAUGCACCAAGGUUAUAGUCAAAGCAUUCCUUUGAUAGCAAAAAUCCUGAAAUCCGCAGCCGGAUAUAAAGCAUUUGGGUUGAAUUCAUUGUAUCAAUGUGCAGGAGCCACAGAAGGCAGUGUGAUAUGAGUCGGGGUCGGAGGCGGUUCUAGAUCAGGUAACGCCUGGGUUGGGGGAAACAAAAGAAACUCCUGUCAAACAGCUCUGGGAUUAUUCUCCUAGACGUUGCCAUCAAAUUUUUUUAAAAUGAUCCAGAAUCAUUUGACUAUAAGCAAUGCCAGUGCGCCUCUCCAGUCCCCAAAAGUUGAAUAACAAGGCGGUGCUGCUGCUGCUGACAUUGCUGCUAAUGGGACCAACGCCGGCUGCCUGUGCGAACGCGAGCUGUAACUUCAUCGAGGGACAUAUUUUAGAGUACGUCUGCCACGGCACCUACAAAGAGAGCAUCCGCUACAUGCACAAGGACCGCAUCCCAGCCAUCGACACGCCGUACGCCAUCUGGAGGCGGACGGACACCAGCCACCCGUCGUACCUGCUCAUCGUCUUCUAUGACUCGCCGCUCUUCAGCUGCUACACGGUGGUCUUGAGCAACAAGCAAUUGUUCUGCGACGGGCGCAACUAUGCCCAGGCGAAUGCGGAGCCCGCCCAGCUGCACUGCAUCGACUUCCCGUUCCGGUACACCACCGAGCUGUAUAACUCCUGUGCGAAGACCCCGUGCGACGCAGGCUCGCCGCCCAUUUCGGUGGCCAUCGCCUACAUGAACGAGAAUGUGAAACUGACGGCUGGGGCGGAGAUCAGCGCGAAGUGCUCCGCGGCGGUCCUUGUCCUUGUUAUUGUGGUCGCAAUUCUGCAGUAGCGGUAUUUUGGUAUUUCGUGAUGUAAAUAAAUAGAUCUGAUUCGAACGAUCACGCUCGGAACCGGACGGUCCUAGGUAGAUGUUAAGACAACGUCAGUAUUAUGCAGAAAAGGUCAAGUCCCAUUUUUAACGGCAUUAAAGUGUACUGACAAACAGAACUAGUGUAAA